AUGAUGAUGAUAAUGAUGAUGCAAAAAAUGUUUUAUGAUGAAAAUAAUCGAUCAUUGAACUAUACAAAAAUUGAUCAAUGUCAAGAUAAUAAUUGUAUUGAUAAUGAUGAUUAUUAUAGACAAAUAUUACAUACAAAUGAACAUAUUAAUUAUGAACAAGAUAUAAAGUUAAAAAUUAUAUUAACAAAUCGAUUACGUUUAAUUUUAUUUAUAUUUUUAAUAUUAACACCUUCAUCAAAUGCUUUUCCUAUUUUUCAAUCAUUACAAAUGCCAAAAGACUCUAUUCAACAAUCUCCAUCAUCUUUACCUAUUUCUAUGGUUCAAUUAACUGGUGGUUCUCGAUAUCUUCAACCAUCAUAUAAAGUUUAUCGACGUAUUUCAAAUCCAGUUCAACAACAAUUGAAAAAUAUUCCGAGUUAUUCGAAUGGAGCUGUUGUAAACAUUUAUGAUCAAACGAAUUUUAUUAAUCAACACCAACAACACCAACAACAACCAUCAAUGAUUGUUCGAAAUUCUAAUGAACAACAAGCACCAUUACAAUUAAAACGUGAACGACAACGUCGUGCAAUGAUUGAUAGAAUUGUUUCAAUAUUUGAUGAAGAUGGUGAUGGACAACUAGAAAAAGAUGAAUUAUAUUCAUUGGCAUUACGUUCAAACAUGUUUCCAAAAUUUCAUCAGUAUCUCAAACAAACACCAUCAUAA